AUGCGUUACAUAGCUGCCUAUCUUUUGGCUGUGCUUGGCGGUAAUGACAACCCUUCAAUUGCUGAUCUGAAGAAGAUUCUAGACAGCGUUGGCAUUGAGCUGGAAAAGGAGCGUGCUGAGAAGGUAAUCGGCGAGCUGAAAGGCAAGAAGAUCGAUGAGGUGAUCGCUCAAGGUAAGCCCUGGAAGCAUUUGUGCUUUAUCCUAUGCUAUCAAAGCUGGUGUUCAUGCCCAAACCUUAAUAGGAAAGAGAGUAGGGUGUCUGUGUGA